ACCCCGACGCCGAGCAUAAGCAACGUAACACCAGCACUUUCACCACUUUGCGUCGAGCUUCCCGCGCGCGCCCACGCUCUUGAUCAUUGCCGCCGUGGCCUGCUCGGGGCGUACGUGCGUGCCAUCCGUCGUAUUCUAUUUUCACAGCAAUGCGCAUGGCUCCGGCGGCGGCAGGAAGAGCCCACGGCGCUUGGAGCAGCGCACCGCGCGUGCUCUCCGACCGGCGCGGCCUCCGGUCGUCAUCUCGCGACGUCGCCGCCAUGGCGACGGUUCGGUUCGGCGCUCGUCGCGCCGGCGCGAGCAGAGUGGUCCUCUGCCUCGCGUCGGGGGGUGGUCACCCGCGGGACAGCGGCGAGUGGGAGCCCGCGGGCUCGCCGUGGGACGGCCGGAUGGUGGACGAGGGCAUGGCCACGCUGCGGCGGCGCAUCCGCGAGGUGGAGCACGGCGAGGACGACGAAGAGGAAGAGCCAGAGGAGCAGGAGGAGGAGGAGGGCGGCGUCGACGUCUUCGUGCCCCCGGGCGAGUGGACGGAGCUGGAGCGGCGGCACCACGGGCUGUACGUCGCGGGCGUGCGCGAGGCGCUCGGCAUCCUGUUCGCGCUGCUGGUGCGCGCGCGGCCGGGGCUCGGCGCGGGGGUCGUGGCGCUGGUGCUGCUCAGCGUGCCGGCCUCGGUGCUCCUCGUGUCCGCCGAGCUCGUCCGGGCUGUCCACUCCAUCUCGGCCGCCGUGCUCAGCGGCAGAAUGUAGGAUUGUACCUUGUACGUACGUACUAGAUGGCUCUGUACGUAUUUUCCCGCAAAAAAAAAAAAAAACAGAGGCUCUGUACGUAUUUUCUGCCUUGUGCACGUGAUGGUUUUCGUUCUUCCCAGGGAAGAAUCAAAUGAUGUAGUAGUAGGUUUUCUUGUCUCGACUCAUCAAGAGCAUGAUGACCAUGAGCAUGACAUUAAGAGAACUCUUGGACUGUUUGCGGGCAUAGGCUCUGAA